AUCGUCGCAAUUCAUGGUAUUUAUGAGGAUGGCAUCCAGACCUGGACAGACGCAAAAUCAAGCAACCUGUGGUUGAGAGACUUUUUAUCGGAAGGGUUACAUGAAGUUCGAAUGUUGAUAUAUAGCUACAAGGCAAAGGCAUUAACAGCGCCAGGCGUAGGAUCCACCGAUAUCAUACUCGCUCAUGCGACUAGCUUAGUAGCCGAGCUGUGUGCGGACCGUCAACUCGAUAACGCCUUCCACCGCCCCAUUAUCUUCAUCUGCCAUAGAUUUGGGGGUCUUUUGGCGAAACGAGCUUUGGCUUAUUCCAACUCAAGGCGGCACAAAGCCGUUGACGACCUGCGAUCGAUAUACACAUGCACAUACGGCAUUAUUUUUAUGGGAGCACCCCACACCCGCGUCAACAAGGAGGCUCUACUCUUACAACCCCAUCAAAACUCAGGGCCAAACCAUUUUAUGAUUAGCUUGCUGAAGGGUCCCGAGUUUUUGAACGAGAUCAAUGAGCAGUUCGCCCCGUUGAUGAAGCAGUUCUCGAUAUAUAACUUUUGGGAGGAGAUCCUGCGGCGCAGGCUUGGGAUAAUGUUGAAAAAUGCGGCAUCCUAG